CGUUCGUUUUCUUUUUAUCUGUCCUUUAUCUCCAAUAGGACUAGACGUGUCAAAGACGAUCAGAACAGCAAAGUAGACAGUUCGUUGAGUGACACUAAAUUGCGUUCGAUAAAAAAUGGGAAUCCGGAUACUAGUUCUGGUCUAUUUGCUGAUAGGCGUUGGGUACGGCUUUCUUCUAGAUGAUGUUUGCUCGACCGGCAACGUAUGCUCUUGUUCUCAACAUGGCAUAUACUGCGAUGGAAAAGGAUUGACUGAGGUCCCAGCAUUCAACAUUCCUGGUCAUCAGAUUGACAUAAGAGACAUAUUGUUGAGAAACAACAUUUUAAGCGUUUUAAAGAACAAUGCAUUCAGCUCACUGCAAGGUCAUGUCAAAAGCAUGUUAGACAUGGACAUUUCUCAUAAUAAUAUAUCUGUUAUGGAAGAUACUUGUUUUAAAGGGCUCGAAGAUAAAAUUUUCAUGUUAGAUCUUGAAAGCAACAAUUUACAUGCAAUUCCAAUGGCCAUAACAAGCUUAAAUAGACUUUCCGAACUGUCGUUGAGUUUUAAUCCAAUACAUGUGUUAGAUCAAAAUAUUCUCUCAAUACUAGGCCACACACUAUCAACCUUUAAGUUAACUUUGGAACAGUUUCAACGCUGGCCUAAUGGGUUUCGUUAUCUUUUCGUACUUAAAUCAUUGUUCAUCUCGAAAUAUAAUUCAACAAGUAUAAAGAAUUCAGAUUUUCACUACAUGGCGAAUAUGCAUCUUCGCACUUUGGCAAUUUCGAAUUCACCUUUAGAGGAAUUUCCAGUUGGCAUAUGUGACAUUAAUGAAUUGACUCAUUUAGAUAUUUCUAAAAACUCAUUCACCGAUAGAACUAAAGAGUUCUUUGAUGUAUGUCAUACACCUCAACGUAACUUAAUAUUUUUAUUCAUGCAAAGCAACCACUUUGGUGUGUUUCCUGACAUUGGCAAAACAUUUCCAGCUAUUCGAAUUCUUGACUUUUCUGACAACAAUCUUAAUUACAUAAGCGGCGAACUGACUCCAAUGCCAGCUCUAGAAACAUUGUAUUUGAGUUCCAACAAUCUGGUACAUUUUCCGUCUGCGCUAUCAACUUUAGCACCAAAUGUUCAGUCAAUAUACUUACACAGGAACAAAAUUGUUGACAUCGGCAACGCUGACUUAAUGACUUUUUCACAUCUCGAAAAUGUUUUUUUUGACCACAACCCGUUGGAAUACUUGGCAGCGUCUUCUUUUGCUCGCAACACAGUUUUGCAUCAAAUUGGAUUAUCUGACACCAAACUGUUGACCGUUCCUUGUGCGCUGACGUCUCUUUCGUACAAUUCAAUUUAUGUGGAUCUCUACAAUACCACUUUGGAAUGUGACUGCAGAAUGAGCUGCCUUUCCCAAAUAAACUUGUCUAAAAUAAGGUUUUCAGGUCACUCUCAAUGUACACAGCCAAACAUUAGUGUCACAGAUUUUAUUACAACUGUGAUACAAGCAAAUGCAUGUGCAACAAAGUAAACUUACUUUCUUAGAACAAAUAUAGCGCUCUUCUAGCUUCUGAUGCAUGUGGAUAAAACCAUGUUAAAAAUACUAUUUAAAAUGCGAAGGUCUAGUAUCAUACUUUAAGCUGCUUACUUUUGUUAAUAGACUUGUUUGAAAUUAUUUUAUCUAAGGUUUACAAUAUAUUUAUAAUAACUAUAUAUGACAAUUAUAAAUUAUCAUCAGCAGUUACAUGAACUUAGGAUUGUUUGUAGAUAUCGAUAAUAUUUUCAUUUAUAAUCAGUAUUUUUUGCAGUUCGUAAGUACGGAUUUUGAGCCCUUGGUGUAAUAUAUGCUAUGAUUAUAAAAUGUUAAGUUGCAUUUUUCUGUCUCAAGCUUUUUCUGUUGAUUGCGAAUGUUAAUAUAAUUGUACAAAAACAAUACAUUUUAGUUGAUGAAUACUUUGUUUAUUCGUAUAUGGAACGUGAGAUUUUGAGUGAAUGUAAUUAAUUUACGAUACAGACUUUACAUGGCAAUAUUAAUAUAUCAAUAUACAAACUAUUUCCUGUAAAAGCCUAUCAUAUACCUGUUGUUAAAUUAUUAAAUAUGACGUUUGUCGUUUGCACGACGAUUACAACUUUCUAUUGGAAUGCAUUCAAUAUACGUUUACAAUAGCUAAAUACAUAUCAUUCUGUUAAAAAACGACCAUUUGAUGGAAAACAUUUCCUUAAAAGCAUAAUAUGUUUGCUGAUAAUGCUUUCAUAAUCCGAUCAGUUAAUAAUUAGGUACGCGAUAAUUACUAUGGCAUGUUUUCACGAUCUGACUUAUCGAAUGAAAUUACAGAAAAAUGGAUUCAAUUAAUGAUAUGUUUUAAUAUGCAGAGGAACAUUAUCUCAUCUGUUUCGAUGAUGUUAACUUGCACAUCGGUUCUUUCGUUUAAAUAACUGUUUAUGUUGAACCUGAAGUGUAUAGUUGUUUAUUUAGAAAUGAUGUUUUCGUCUUAUAAAGUUUAGCUUUGUAUAUGUAUAUAUGAACAGUGUUAUUAUUAUCCUCCCUAACAUCACAUGUUUCUUCGUUUGUGUAUGACAUACGUUCGCUCUUUAGAAUUGGAUUGUUGAAAUUUUGUGAAAGAUUCAAAACACCAUGAACUUGUGUAAACGACAAUGUUUACAUCAAUCUUGCUGAACUAAAUUCUUUACACUGACUUUGAUGAAUUAAACAACAGCAAAUUUCUGACCGUGACGGAUGUUUUCAAAUUUUAAAAAAACAUGUAUGACGCAGUUUGUUCAUCUUAUUUAUAAUAGCGUGAUUAAUUGUGAAACAGACAACUGUAUAUUAUAUUAUGUUAAUUAUAUUACAUUUCGGUUAAAAUGUAUUUUUUUUAAGUUGUGUUGUGACUAUGUGAAUGAUACAUUCCUGUGUUUAAUGUUUAUUUGUAUGCAUCUGUUUUGCUUUAAAUGUUUGUGUUGUUGACAUGUACCAUCAUUUACUUAAAUUGUCAUAGGUCUUUUGAAUGUAUUUCAUAUAGCAUUAUCAAAAAUAUAAUUUAUUCCGUGUAUCAAUUCUUAAUUAUUUAAUAUCUGUUUAAUUCACAACAAAACGAGAUUUCCGUUGUUACCAGGUUUAAUGAACUAUUGUUUAAUGGACGAUCAAAAACUGUUCUUUAAAAUAAUGAAUACAUUUCAUUUUUGUUUUUAUGAUGAUACUCAUAUGAAGUGUCUGUUGCACCAUAAUUACUGUACAAAGUAUAUAUCGAUUGUAUUUUUCUGUAAAUAAACAAUGUAACUAAUUGUAUAUUAUCAUAAACAAAUAAGCAAUUAUAGUAUUUGUUUCUAGAUGCAUUUCGCUAAUGGUAUCCUCUGUUACACUGCUAAAGAUUUAAUUUAUAUGACCUUACAUAGAGUCAUUAUAUGUUUAAUUUGCCAUAAUUUAAUCUAAUUAAUUCAGAGGUGUUAAUAAUGUGUUGUUGAUUAAUCACCUGAUGGUUUGUUUUUUCUGAUUUAAAUGAGAAAUGAAAGAGAAGUGAAUGUGCUUGACUCAAAUAAAUAAAAAAGAUUGUAUUUGGAUUUAUGAACAAAGCCAUUGAAUAUACAGAAUAUUUACAAUUUUCUAACCAACCUGUAAAGAACACAGUGCCAACAACGACACAUAUGUUGCUUCUAUACGCGACAAUAAACGGUUCAAUAUAGGUA